AUAUUGGUCUAUAAAAGGACCCAAUGUAUCCAAUUUCAUUUUUGGUUAAACGGACAACGCUUUCGUCGUUUUUGAGCCUUUCUGUGACUCGUAGAGAAAUACGGAUAGCGGUAAGGUCCAAACAAACAGGUUCAAGUACAUGCUUGUUUACAGUACAUCUCGAGUUUGUUUACUGGUGUGUUAAACGUCCUUCAGUUUUCAUUAAUGGUGUUUUUUAUUGACUUCCUUCCAGUUGUUUAUGUCAUUGACAAGUAUUAAUAAUAAAGCUGAAUUUAGUCAGUUGGACAAGUUACUUACGGAGCUAACGUUAAAUCGUUGUCCUCUCCAGCUUAUUUGAAAGUAUCUGCAAGCUUUUUUUGUUUUUUGUUUUACAUAGUAAAUCCUCGCUGCAUUUAUAUUUGUCAGAUAUUGCACAGAACGUUACAACAAAUUCUUAGGAUUUUAGUUGGCUCGCUUUGCAGCGAUUGCAGUAUUUUCUCUGCGUGUAUUUUCUCUGUAAUGAUUCAAACAUCACACGUGUUUCUUGUUAAUAAUGUAAGGGAUGUGAUGCGAGACUUAUCUAACCAGCAACUAUGAAGCCUCCAUCUCGUCGCCGAACUGAACCAUCACGCUUCAGCCUAAAGAGCACUGAAGAAAAACCGACGGGGAGUGACAAACGGACUACUGUUAGAUCAUUCUGCAAAGGAUGGACUCGCAAAGAGCAACGAAGCUUUUUGCAAGCUUUGAAACGGCAAAAGAAUUUUGGAUCAGAAUUAGACCCGACUGAGCUUCAAAAGAAGGUGCCCCGGCGGUCUCUCCAGGAGAUUGAGGACCUGAUAAAACUGUUGAAGUCCAGUGUGGGGCAGAUGGUGUUUCAACAGGUCCACAGUCAGCUGAGAGAGGAGCGAAGGAAUAAAGUUCCAAUUGAGAUCUGGGGAGACCUGGUACAGAAAGUCACUGGAUCCCAUGAGAAGACAAUUUCCUCUCCCUUCUCACAGAUGCUUGUGAUCGCUGCCACAGAACCUUGUAGCCUGCUAAACUCCAUCCCUCCACAAGCCAUCGCCUUCCCAAAACCUACUCGUCCCAGUCAAAAGUCAAAGCCUACUGCACAGCUUUUUCCUUCCAUACCGUCUACUAUUCCUGUAGUAACAUUACCUACACAGAUGGACAAUAUCGCUCAGCCUUUUUCCUCAGACACAAGCUCAAAAAGCAGCUCAGCGUGCUUUUCACUUAUUCAGCCUGCCUGUAGUUCCAAUGCUGUGGAAAGGCAUGCUAAGAAAUCUCCGCCAAGUAGUUUACCUCAAGAGCCUAGCACAUCUAAAGAAGAAUCCUCACAUGUGAUGAUAAGCCAGAGCCAGCUAAAAUCAGAACCAGAGGCAGUAGCAUACAGUCUGAGUGCCAUGUCCAUCGAUUCAGCAUCGCCAUCAGUCUCCAUCCCAUCUAAUCAGGACAAUCCAGCUCAGUCACAAAUGUUGGAGCAAGAUUCUGAGCACAGACCCAGAGUCCUGAAGUGCAUUGUGAAUUUUGACAAGAUUUAUGAAUACUUAAGUGAUCCUGAGUCUAAAACAUGCCGUUCAGCUCUAACUUCAAUGGAGUGCGCAGUUCUGUUGGACCUGCUCAUGAGCCUACCUGAGGAGCUCCCCCUACUGGACUGCGAUCAACUUCAGCAUCAUCUGCUGCAGGUACACGGACAACUCACCAAACCAGCACAAAAUCCAGCCUCUUCAAAAACUAGCAAAAACAUUUCACCUGCUACUGUAGAUGAUUCUGCUGAGUUAAUAAAUCAAGAGACGACUACUCCUGAAUCCUCUUGUCCCCCUGAAGAACCCUCAGGUGACUCAUCUGUCACAGAACCAGCCAAAGAAAAAGACUGGGACUCAGUUGGCAUGCGUCCUCUCAAUCCUUUAAUGAUUCCAAUAGAUUUGUUAAAAAGACGUUCUGUGGAAUCUGGGAGUGAUACACCUAGCCUGUCUUAAUUUAUUUGAUUUUGACUUUCAGUUAUAAUGAGAGCAGUUUGUUUUGAGUUUAUUUUGAAGAAAAGUUUCGUUUUGACACGCUUUGGGUUUGUUUAAAUAAGCUGUUGUCAAAUAUGUUAUGCAUAAAUUAAAAUAAGUUUGAAUUACAAUGCAUUUAUUAUUUGUGCAUUGUCUUAUCCACAGGUCUCUGUGUAUUGGUUUUGGAAUUUUUGGCUGAAAAUGUUUUAGUUCGCCUUUAACAUUCUUCUUCAUCUUAAUGUUUUCUGAGCUGUAGUCAUAACAGAUCAUAUGUGACCUUUGGAUUUGUAUUGCGUGAGGUUAUAUAGUAAGUUGUUGGCAGGUCUGAAGUGGAUGUGCUAAUAGCUAUAGCAAUGUAACUCCAAACCAAACAGACCACCUGCAUUACAGCUGUUAUCAUCUCCUCUUAAUGAGAGGAAUAAAUUGUUCAUGCUUGUUUCUGUACACGUUACAGACUCAGCCCAGUGCGAAAGCAUGUGGCAAACAUUGCAUAAUAGGGUUGCACGCUAUGACCAGGUCAAAAAACUGAAUCACUUCAUGUGGUAGCAUUUACCUUGAGAACAGUAUGACUGUAUUUUGGGAGUUUUGUAAUAAAGCUUUCUUGUUC